AUGUAUCGAGGGAGACAGCCGCGAGGGUCGUCAAUGGCACGUUGCUCCUUCGAACAUCCUACAGUCUCCAAGUGUCUUUGGCUUUGGCCACGCAGCAAUCUGUGGCGGCACAGCUCGACCAGCUGA